AUGUUUUAUAAGUGAUGGAGAUACCUUGGAUUUUGAAUAUCACACCUCCAUCUAACUUUCCCCACCCUCAUACUCCAGCUCAAAUUCAACCAAAAGGUCAUCAAGCCCAAGCGUCCUGACCAUAGCCAACACUUCCUCUUUGUGCACUACCUGGUAUAUUUUUACGAAUUUGAGCGUGCUCUUUAUCAUAGUGUUACUAAUCACUUGCAAAAUUUGUGCAAAAAUGUCGUUAAAGAAGAACUCUGAGCUCUGAUUUAGAGCUCUGCAUGUCUUAAAUUCUAGUUCUUCCAAUUCAACUUUAUUACCUGCAUUAGAGAAUAAGUACACUCUUGUAAUUGGUAAGAACAAUCAGCGAUCAAAUUCAAUCCUUUCUCAUCUAUCUGCGCUGGAGAAAAUUUGAGAUAUUUGCUUUUGACUUAUCUUGAAAUUAUGAAGAGCCAAGUUCUUCACAACCUUGAAGCCAAUUCCCAAAAUUGUUUUGAGCAACAAAUCUGUAUUUGGCCUCAAACUUGAUCCUUUAUACCGUACUUUUAAUUCAAAAAUAUCAAUUGGGGCUAAUUCUUUCAGAAGUCAAAUUGUAUUUGCCUUUGACACUCUGGUAUUGAGCACAAAAAGAUUUAGAACCACAGCCCUAUUACUGGGGAAAUUAAGCUUUAUCAUUUUGCCCAUUCUCACAGUUUGAUAAUUCUGUAAGAGAUAGCAAGAGCUUGCAAGGGAUAGUUUUGACCUGCGAAUCCUCUUUUGGAUUAUUAGAGAAUAACCUGCUUUGUAAUCUGGUCAAAUUUGGCAUUGAGCUAAAUUUUGAAGUUGGUUGUGUGCUCCUAAAGUACCCCUCUCAUCCUCUUCCACUUGCUCCAAAGCCUCCAUAU